GUCAGUGGGAGGGACGGUUACUUUAUAACACCCCCCAGCAGAACCUCAUGUGCACUCUGCUUCUGCAACGCCAGGAACUCACCUUCCUUCUCUCAGACCAGGGAGGUUUACCAGACGAAUGGAGGGCGGACUGUGGCUGCUCACCUGCCUCGUUUUGUGCUGCAGGAGACUCUCAGCUUACAACCUGGACACCGAGAAUGUCCUGCGGAAGGACGGGGAGCCGGGGAGCCUUUUCGGCUUCUCUCUCGCCAUGCACCGGCAGCUAAGUCCGGAGGAUAAGACCAUGCUGCUGGUUGGAGCCCCACAGGCAGCAGCCUUAAGCAAGCAAAUAUCCAAAGUGACUGGAGGACUCUACAACUGUGACAUGGCAUCAUCUUCCAAGAGUUGCACGAGAAUUAUCUUUGACAAUGACGAGAAUCUAAAAACAGAAAGCAAAGAAAACCAGUGGAUGGGUGUAACCGUCAGCAGCCAAGGACCAGGUGGCAAGAUUGUGACUUGUGCUCAUCGGUACCAGCGAAGAACCAACGUUGGAACAAAGCUCGAGUCCCGUGACAUCAUUGGCCGUUGCUACGUGCUCAGUCAGGACUUAACCAUUAAAACCAGUUCACAGGAAGAUGGUGGUGACUGGCAUUUUUGUGACGGCAGGCUCAGAGGUCAUGAAAUGUUUGGCUCCUGCCAGCAGGGUCUCUCAGCUGUGUUUGAUAACGACUACCACUACUUCAUCUUCGGGGCUCCUGGAGCUUACAAUUGGAAAGGUAUUGUUCGCCUGGAGCAAAAUAACUACACCCUUGUAAGAAUGGGGAUCUUUGAUGAUGGGCCAUAUGAAGUAGGAGAUGAAAAGGAAAAGGACCUUACACGGGUUCCUGCUCCUCCCAACAGCUACCUUGGGUUCUCUUUGGCCUCAGGGAAGAGGUUGACUACGAAAGGCAGUCUGACAGUUGUCGCAGGAGCUCCCAGAGCAAAUCACAGUGGAGCUGUGGUGCUGCUUAAAAAAGGCCCAGGAAUAAGCAAUAUACUGCUAGAGGAGUACACUCUGGAAGGAGAAGGACUGGCCUCAUCUUUUGGCUAUGAUCUUGCUGUGCUGGAUCUCAACAGGGAUGGUUGGGAGGACAUAGUGGUGGGAGCACCUCAGUUCUUUGUGAAGGAUGGGGAAAUUGGAGGAGCCAUCUAUGUCUACAUCAACAAAAAUGGAAAAUGGGACCAGGUCACUCCCAUGAGGAUAAAUGGACCAAAGGACUCAAUGUUUGGUUUGGCCGUGGAAAACCUGGGAGACAUCAAUCAGGAUGGCUACCACGACUUUGCAGUGGGAGCUCCUUAUAAAGAUAACGGACAAGUUUAUAUUUACAGCGGGUCUGCCACCGGAGUCCUCUCUGUAGACAAUCCACAGGUGAUCUCCGGAAAGCCUUUUGGAGUUAAGCUGUUUGGAUACUCCUUAGCAGGCAACAUGGAUCUGGAUAAGAACUCUUAUCCAGAUCUAGCAGUUGGAUCUCUCUCAGAUGCUGUCUUUGUUUUCAGAGCCCGGCCCGUUGUUAGCAUCAAAAAGGAAGUCACGUUCUCACCAGAUCAAAUCAACCUUGCAGACAAGAAUUGUGGUAAAGCUUUUUGCAUGGAUGUGAUAGCAUGUUUCACCUAUACUGCCAACCAAAAGAGCUACACCCCCAAACUCACUGUGUCGUACACUCUUGAGGCAGACGCUGACCUCAAGAAGAAAGGCCUUAAACCCAGAGCAACUUUCACACAUUCCUCUGAGUUUGAAAGUAGCUCUCAGUCCACGGGUACCAUCAGCAUGAACAGACAAGGACAGAAAGAGUGCAUUACCCAGAAACUUGCUAUACAGGAAAACAUUCGAGAUAAACUACAAGGGAUUCCUGUGGAUGUGUCUGUGAGGAUCCAGCAGGACGCUAAACGCAGAAGACGACAGAGCUCCUCUACUACUCUGACACCUGUGCUGGAUGAAAUCAAACCAACUAGAGCAAUAGUUGAGUUCCUAAAGGAGGGCUGUGGUCAGGACAAGGAGUGUGAGAGCAACCUGAAGAUGAAUUAUCUCUUUGGCUACAGGUCAACUACGGAAGAUGAUUUCACUGAAUUAGAACAGGAGGAUAAACUUCCAGUGAUCUCACUGAGUAAUCAAAAGGACGUCGCUCUGGAAGUGACGGUGACCAAUCAAAAGGGAGACGAUGCGCACGAGGCCUCCUUGACUGCCAUCUUUCCCAGCUCCCUGACCUACUCGACCUAUCGAGUUGCAUCUAAAGAAAGUCCUGUCACCUGUGUAUCCAAUAAGGAGGGUUCUCGGGCCGACUGUGAAUUAGGGAACCCCUUCAUGGGUAAUGCAGAGACAAAAUUCUACAUUUUUUUCAGCAUAGCUGGCAUCUCUUUCAACGUAUCUGAAGUGGAGAUUAAACUCAUGCUAAAUACGACAAGUAAGCAGUCAAAACCAAUUGUCAAAGCAAUGGCAAAGGUGGCUGUCAUGCUGCAGCUGUCUUUAUUGGGUCAAGCCAGUCCAUCACAGGUCCACUAUGCAGGAGAAGUUCAAGGUGAGGCGGCCAUGAUCUCUGAGAGCGACAUCGGCAGCGCCAUCACUCAUCAGUUCCAAAUUAUCAACCUGGGAAAGCGCUUAACAGAUUUUGCCACUGCCACGCUUGAGGUUGACUGGCCAAAGGAAACGGAGCAAGGAAAGUGGUUACUGUACCUGAUGAAGAUCAGCUCCACAGGAGUGAAUCAGAUGAAGUGCACUCCCUCAGAAGAGAUCAACCCUCUUAAGAAAAAAUCUGAAACAACCAGUAUGGGAAGAGCAGCAGCAAAAACCAAAAGUGCCACUGAAGGCAUCCUGUCCCGUUUAAGAGACACUAAGAAAAUCACAACUCUGUCCUGUAAUAAAGGUGCAAAAUGUGUGAAGAUAAAGUGCCCCCUGGGGGGCUUGGAUGGUAAUGCAAUCAUCAAUUUCAGCUCACGCCUUUGGAACGCUACUUUCCUGGAGGAUUACUCAGACUUUCGUUUUGUGGAGGUCAUUUUAACGGCCCACCUUCGUGUUGACAGCACAAGCAAGAACACGGUGCUCCAGGACGCUGAAAAACAGGUGGCACUGACUGUUUUUCCUGAGAGACCUGUAGCUAGCUCAACUUUUGGUGGAGUGCCAUGGUGGAUCAUCGUGCUGUCUGUCCUGUUAGGGCUCCUGCUGUUGGCUUUGUUGAUUUUCCUUCUCUGGAAGUGUGGGUUUUUUGAACGUGCCAAAUAUGAAGACCAGGUCCCCAGUUAUAAUGCUAUCCGGAUCAGACGAGAGGAGAGGGGGAGGAGUCCUGGAAACGCUAACUGGGGAAACCUGGAAAGGAAGCCAUGGAUGACAACCUGGCAUGACAACGGACACUAUUCUUAACAGCCAAUGAAAUCUGACUGCCUGUAGUUACUUUUGCUCAUUGAUGAACCACCUCCUUUGCUUUUUUUUUUUCUUUGAAGCACUUGAGAACAAAUUUGGAUUUUUUUUACUACAAACUACAUGACCUUCUUCUCUUCUAAUGGGGCUGCGGGGGAGACACUCCUGCUAAACUAUCACUAAAGCAGCUGCAGCUUGUUAGAAGAUUUCAGUGCUGAUGAGGGGCUUGGCAGGUCAAACUGUUUUGUACAUUUGAAUGUUCUGAAUUGUUUCUAUUUAUUCUUGUAAGGAAUAUUUUUUUGUUACUCGCCCUUAAAAAGGCCAAAGACGUGCAACGUAUACACUGGUGAUUUAUCUGAAAGUUUUCCCCACUGUUUUUAUUUUUUUGAUGUGCCUUAAUAAUCUCUGCACUUUGUGCCUCAGUUUGUAUAUGUCGUCAUCUACAGGUCAUUGUACGGAAGCCGAAAACGGCCUGCCUUACUUUUUUUUUUUGAUUGUUUUCUCAUGAUAACGAGAUAAUAUAUCGUUAUCACGAGAAAACAAAGUUUGUUUUCUCGUUAUAACGAGAUAAUCAAGAACGGAGAAUGAAGCGUCUCCCUCCAUCUCUCAGAGACACGGAGACUUCACCCGAUCCCCUUAGAUUCCCCCAAAACUCCGAACAAACAUCGAUAGACAGUGAGCUGCAGAGCGUGUCUGCAUGGUGCGUUCACUGAGAUCCGGACAUAAGCAGCAAAACAAAGCAGUUUAUCAGAGAGAACGUUGAAUAUCAGCAAUGAUCCAUGUAUAAUCAAUUAAUUAAGUAGUGUCGAAUUUUUUUCUGAAAAACUGCUUUGUUUCCCCGAGGUUACAUAAAAAUAACAAAACCAUAGUAGCGGAUUGAGUUGGGCUGAGUAGCUCUUUUGGUCUGCUAAUGUCCGGAGUUCAUUGAACAUAUCAUGCGGAGAUUCUUGGCUGCGCUGUGAUCUGUGGGAAAUAAGGGAUGAGGGCUGAUGGAUAAGACGGAUUGAAGGCGUUUGAGGAGUGUAGACCCACUAAUAAAAUAUUAAAAGAAAAUAGACUAAAAACAACUUUUCUUGAGUGUCCUGUUUUUCUUGUUAACCACAAAAUAAAUAGACUUAAAGCUGAAGUUUUUUCUUCUCCGUGCGGAAAGGGAGUGUGGGACUCUUCCUUCUUCAUUAUUAGUUACCUCGUUAUCACGAGAAAACGAUCCAAAAAAAAAAAAAAAAAGUAAGGCAGGCCGUUUUCGGCUUCCGUAUCAUUGACUUAUGUUGUAAAUAUAAAGCAAAAGUCAUUGUUUGA